CUACCCAACUGGCGGCACCCUGGGUUGCUAAGUAUGCAGUUUGCUGAAACGAUUCGCCUGUCAGUUGUUUACAACUGUGGACGAGACACAUUACAACGGUAAACGGUUUCGGAAGGAUUUGGUGAUGCUCGAGCGGCAAAGUAAUGGCAUCGAACCGCCGGUGAAUGCUGAUCCGACCAAAUCCAUCGAUGAUUUGUACCGGAGCAUCCUGCAGGAGAUUCAGUGCUACAAGAAGGAACACGAAGCGAUUCGAGCGGAUUUGAAACUGCUAAUUCAGAGCAAUCGAGUCGGGUGCACACUUGGUGAUUUGCUUCCAGAGGAUGGCGAGGGUGAAAACUUAGACCGGGAACAUUUCAAGCAGCUAUCGAAUGAAGUGAUUAAGAAUCUAAAGAACCAACUUGAGAUUGUGUGGGAGGAAAAAGCUACUCUCGAAAGCCUGUGGAAAAGCUCUCAAAAGACAAUUCAAAUACUUGAGCUGGAGAUAGGCGAGUACCGGCGGCAGCUGAAGCAACCCAAAAGUGUACAGGACCUACGGCAGCAGUAUACGGCCGCACUCCAGCUGCUGGAGCAGAACCUGCACUCGCUGCGGUCGCAAUUGAAUCAGAAAAGCGAGGAAAAUAAACGCCUGCAGGCAGUCGGUGCGACAGGGCGCGAGCGAUUCGAAGCACUCGAGCGGGAUUUUACCGCACUUCAAUCGGAAAACCAACAGCUGCAAGCAACGUUGGAUGCAGUCCGUAACACCGGCACCCGGAUGAAGGACGAACUGGAUCGGGCCAUGGGGGAGAAGGCCGAGCUUGAAGCGCUCCUCGAGCAGGCUAAUGUGCUCGCCCGGCAGCACAUGGCUCGGGAGAAUCAGGCGCUGAUUAAGGUGCAGGAAGCCCUCCAAAUUGCCGAUACGGCUAUCGAGGAGAAGAACUCGCUGUUGAUCCGCGAGCAGGGCGUCCGGGAGGAGUGUGAUUUUCUGGCGUCAACCAUCGGCCAGGUAAUGGAGGAAGCGGCCCGGAAAGUGGAACUGGAAAUGAACGCGAUGAAAGUGGGUUACGAGAACAGGAUAAGCGCCCUCGAGCGUCAGCUGGAGCACAUGCAUGGCUUGCAUGGGAUGCAGCAGAAGGAGACUACAGAGGCGUUAUCGCGCGCCAACGCGCUCGAAGAGAAGUUCAAAAGGCUUAUCGUGACGAACCAGAAUCUCGAUGCGGACCUGCACGCGGCAUCUAAGUUGAUAAUUGAAAUGGAAUUGAAAUUGGAAGCGUUCCAGAAAACGAUGACGAAAGAGUGGGAAAUCAGCAAAACGAGCCAGACGCGGGAACAGGAAUUGAAGCUACUAUUCGAGAACAACGAACAGCUGAAGGAUCGCUGGAAGCGAGAGAUGCUGACACUGACCGAUGGAUUGCAGCGGAAGCUGGAGGCGCACCGGCGGGAAAAUUGCAUCCUCAAGACGGAAAACAAUCAAUUAAGGGAUCAGCUAUUGAAAGCGAACCAGCAACUGGCAGCAGGGCUUGGGCCGGGAUCGGGGUCACUCCUGACGCUAUCGCCGACGACGUGUGCCGGUGAGGAAGGACGGAGCUAGCGAGUGGGAGGCGGCGGGGAUCGAGAAAAUUUCAUCAUAAUCAUCAAUCAUCAGCAUGAGCGGUGGGGUUUGGUUUUGUGUGCUAGGAAUUAUUUUUUUUUUCAAAGAAGCGAAU